AUGAUUGUAUUGCUUCCAACAGAGGAGGAGGGUAGGAACAUAUUAAAGUUUAAAAAUCAUAAAUACAAAGAAAAUGUACCAUUUGCAGUAUAUGCAGACAUUGAGUGUUUGCUGGAACCAGUUACAAAUUCACAAAUAGAUAAAGCGGCGUAUCAAAAACAUAUCCCUACUAGUGUUGCGUAUUAUACAAAACGCAGUUUUAACGAUUCGACCUCAGAACCUAAAGUCUACCGUGAAAAGGAUUGCAUUGAAUGGUUUAUAAAAGAAUUAAAAGAUUUAGCAGUAAAUGUAAAUUCUCGUUUACAAAAUCCAGUACCAAUGGAAAAAUUAACGUCGAAGCAAAAACAAGAUUUUCAAAAUGCAAAAUUGUGUCACAUUUGCGAAAAAGGUUUUAAGAAAGAUGAUGUAAAACAUCGCGACCAUUGUCACUUUACAUGUAAGUACUGUGGUCCAGCACAUGGAAGCUGCAACAUUAAUUACAAAGACUUUCAUAUCAUUCCAGUAGUUUUGCAUAAUUUAUCUGGCUACGAUUCACACUUUUUCAUUAUAGAAUUAGCACAAAGUUUUGAGGGACAUGUCUCCUUACUACCUGUAAAUGAAGAAAAGUAUAUCUCAUUUACAAAAUAUGUUCCAAAUCCUAGAGUUAAACUUAGAUUUAUCGAUUCUUUCCGAUUCAUGCCGUGUAGCUUGAAAAAAUUAGCCUCAUAUCUCAAUCACAGUGCAAAAACAAUAACUAGAAAAUUUUGUAAAAAUGACAGUGAAUACAAUUUGUUAACAAGAAAAGGUGUCUUUCCAUAUAAGUACAUUGAUAGCUGGAAGAAAUUAGAGGAAGGCAGUUUACCCCCAAAAGAGGCAGUUUAUUCCAAAUUAAACGAUCUCCACAUUUCUGAUGAGGAUUAUCAACCCGAUUGUAAAGUGUGGGAAACGUUUAAUUUGCAAAAUUUAGGGCAGUAUUCCGAUUUGUACCUCAAAACCGAUGUUUUACUUUUAGCUGACAUUUUUGAAAAUUUUAGAAAAACUUGUUUCGCAACAUAUAAAUUAGGUCCAUUGCAUUAUUACACAGCAAUGGGACUUUCAUUUGUUGCAAUGCUAAAGUACACUGGAAUCAAACUACUCUUACUGACUGAUGUAGAAAUGCUACUCUUAAUUCAGAAAGCAAUCAGAGGUGGCGUUUCACAAUGCUUCAACCGUUUUGCAAAAGCAAACAAUAGAUUUAUGGAGGAAGAUUGUAAUCCAUACGAUCCAGAAUCAUAUAUUUUUUAUUUGGAUAUUAAAAAUCAGUAUGGUAAAGCUAUUAGUGAGUUUUUACCAUAUCAAGAUUUCGAAUGGUUUGAAAAUUUCGAAAAUGUUCCAAGCUUUUUCAAUGCGCCCGAUGAUUCACCUGAAGGGUACAUUCUUGAAGUGGAUCUAGAAUAUCCUGAAGAGCUUCACGAUUUGUACAAGGACCUUCCAUUGUGUACAGAACACUUUGUGCCUCCUGGUUCAAAAUAUCAGAUUCUAAAAUUAGUAACCAAUUUGCUACCAAAGAAAAACUGUGUACUGCAUUACUGA